AAUUCCUAACCCAUGAGAAAUCAAGUUUCAGUGAUUUUAAAUGAAUUAUGUGAAAUAAAGAGGGCAAGGGUUUAUAUCUCCUCCAGAAUCUUAGAGUCAUUCUGAUAGUUGGGAUAAUUUUCUGUGUGUUCUGUUUUUGAAGGGAGCAAACUUUUCUAUUUAUUUUUCCACAGCAAGUAUAAAUUGCAUACUUUCGGGUUGAAUUAGGAAAUUCUUUUCAGAAAAUAGCUAUUGUUUUACAUAACCCAGAUUGAAUACAGUUAUUAGUUUAACAUAAAUCCAGGAUUUCCCAAGUUCUCAUCCACAAAGUGAGCAUAGACAUUUUGAGGGUUGUAUUUGAGACCCCAGCACCCUCAGAAUGGAUGGUGAACGACGACAUCAUGUUGUGGAUAUUGAGCAAACCUCAACAGAGCUGUUGCCCAGAAAUCCAUACUGUUUGAAUGAAGGAAGACAGUGUGGUUGUACAUUGCCCAGUGUGACCCUCCAGCCACAGUGGGUUACAGCAAAACCGUGGUCACUCUGGAAAACAUUUCUGGUGUGUCUCUUGGCCUGUCUCAUUGCCACAACCCUUGUUAUUCUGGUCUUAUAUUUUGUCCACUUUGGCAAGCACACCAACAGUACCACUAUCAUCAUUCAUGCAGAUGGAAAGUCGAAUCGUGUCACCUGCAUCCCUGAUUCUACCCCAUCUCCUACCUCAUCAACCCUGCCUGGAUCUUCUACCCCUGCGGCCACCCAAAGCUCCUCUGCCAAGGUGUCUCCAUCCUCCAUGGAGACAACUGAAAUAACAACACUGGACCAUGAAGUUAUCAUUGAAGAGAACGUUUGAGCCCUUAGCUCUCCUCAAGCCAGACCAACACCUUUACCCCAAAGGAGGCAUGUCCAGGUGUUCUCUCUUCCUGCCAAUGGGUUGCAAAGCAUUUGGCUUCAUGAGAGCUUGCUCCUCCCCCUCCACUCAUUUGCUAUCUUCCCAUAUGGUAAUGACUCAGUCUUGGGCCCUCCAGUGUUCAAAUGAUUGGAAAACAUUUUUUUUUUCAACUGAGGCUGAUUGAUUCAUUCAGGCUGGGGCCCAGUGUUUUCUUUCCAUCCCUCCCAUACGACCAACUUUAUUCUUCACAAAUAGUGGUUUCAACUGCUGAAGAGGCUGCCAGGAGGAUGCUGCUCUACUUAGAUCUCUGCCUGUUGGUUCUGAAGCCAAUAUUUACCACCUAGCUAUUGAUUAUUUUCUAAUCUCAUAACUUCCCUAUUUUCAGCAUUUAUAUUCCAGUAGGGAGAAGGAAAUGCUCAACUAAAGUGGUU